AUUAAGAAGUCAAGAAUAAUACCGUGACACAACAGCAAAGGUAUGACCGUUUCAUAUCCCAAUUUAACGCUCCGAUAUACGCUCUCUGUUUUUCAAAAAAAUCAAACCCUAAAAACCCUAAAUUCCUUCAAAAUCUGUUUGUAAAAUCACCUCAAUUUCAUCAUCCCACUUCAAUCCAACGCCCCCAGAUUACUCGUUCCAUCAAGAUCUUUCUCAAUUGCUCAAUUGUUCAGUUGUUCAGCUGUUCAAUUGUUCAAUUGUUCAAUCCCCUGUUUUCUGUUUUUGCGAAAAUUGGGGAUGAAAUAGUGAAAUUGAUAUCUAAAACCCUAAAUUCUUUCGAAAUCUGGUUGUAAAUCACCAGAAUUUCACGAACCCAGUUCAAUUAAACAUCCAAUUUCUCCGUUCGAUCAAGAUCUUAUUCAAUUGUUCAGUCCCCUGUUUUCAGUUUGCGAAAAUUGGGGAUGAAAUAGUGAAAUUGAUAUGUAAAACCCUAAAUUCUUUCGAUAUCUGGUUGUAAAUCACCAGAAUUUCAUGAACCCAGUUCAAUUAAACACCCAAUUUCUCCGUUCGAUCAAGAUCUUAUUCAUUGUUCAAUCCCCUGUUUUCAGUUUGCGAAAAUUGGGAUGAAACAGUGAAAUUGAUGUGUAAAACCCUAAAUUUCUUCGAUAUCUGGUUAUAAAUCACCAUAAGUUCAUGAACCCAGUUCAAUUAAACAUCCAAUUUCUCCGUUCGAUCAAGAUCUUGUUCAAUUGUUCAAUCCCCUGUUUUCAAUUUGCGAAAUUUUGAUUUUUUUUUCAUAUAAAACGGAAAUUUAAACCCUAAAACCCUGAAUUAUUUCGAAAUCUGUUCGUAAAUCACUGCAAUUUCAUGACCCCGGUUCGAUUAAACCCUCAAUUUUCUGUUCGAUCAAGAUAUUGUUCAAUUGUUCAAUCCCCUGUUUUCAAUUUGCGAAAACUUGAAAAAAACAUUUCAAGUAAAACGGAAAUUAAACCCUAAAACCCUAAAUUCUUUCAAAUUCUGUUCAUAAAAUCACCUCAAUUUCAUGAACCCAGUUCAAUCAAACCCCCAAUUUCUCGUUCGAUCAAGAUUCUGUUAAUUUUGUUAAUUUUGUUCAGUUGUUCAAUCCUCUGUUUUCAACUUCAAAAAUUUUGAAAAUUGAGAAUUAAAUGACGAAUUUGACACCUGGGGUGCUGUUAAAGCUGCUAGAUGGGAUGAAUUCAGGUGUGAAACCCACAAGUGAAUACAGGAAUUCACUAUUACAAGUUGUAGAUAUCAUGCCGAUUGAUCUUGACGAGAAAGAUCUUUAUCCGAAACAGGGGUUUUGCGUAAAAGUUUCGGAUUCAUCGCAUUCGGUUUACGUAAGUUUACCGCCUGAUUUAAUCCUCAGUAAUGAAAUCCAGCUUGGCCAGUUUGUUUUCGUCGAAAAAUUAGAGGCGGGUUCGCCUGUUCCGAUAGCGAAAGGGGUGAAACCGGUCCCUGGCCGCCACCCGUUUGUUGGAAUGCCUGAACCAGUGAAGAAUCUUGAUCGGGUUCCGAAUCGGGGUUUAAAGUUGUGUAGUACUAGAAGGGGUUCUUGGGUUACAACUCAAAGUGAUAAACAUGAUGUUUGUGCAUCACCAUGCUCGUUGAAAAUGGACCGAUGUACACCACUGAAUCUGAAUCCAAACACGAAAGUAUCGGUUGCUAGAAGAAGUUCUUGGGUUACAGGACCGAAACGUUUUGAUCAUUCUACGCCUUUGAAAAUGAAUGUGAAUGUGAAUCCAAACACGAAAGUGUCGGUUGCUAGAAGAAGUUCUUGGGUUACAGGACCGAAAAGAGAACAUGAGAUUAGUGAAAUAGCAUCGCCUAUGGCCUUGAAACCGACGCGUUUUGAUCAUAUUACGCCUGCGAAAAAGUGUUCUUCAGUGAUUGUAAAUAAAAGUUGUGUUACAUCUUCUAUGGUGAAGCUUUCAGAUGAGAAGAGUAGAAUAACUGUCAAAGAUGCAAAGACAUCAACAAGUCCCUUAAAGUCUGUUGUAGGAACAAAAAGUGUAGCGCCAACAAGUUCACAGAGUACACGAGCAGCGUCUUCUCCUCAUUCAUCUUCGAAAACCAGUUUAUCGUUUAAUCUGCCACAAAAGCUUAGCUUACUAGGAAAGGAAGCUGUUCAACAACAAGAAAGAGCACAGAAAAUUGCCCUUCAAGCGCUUAGAAAUGCCUCAGCCUCCGAAACUCUUCUUUGGUCACUCAAGACUUUAUCAACGUUGACCAAGUCCGCUAACCCUGAUGACCCAACAGAUUGUUUCGAUCAGUUUCUCGAGUUCCAUAACCAACUUGUUCAGGCCGUAACCAACAUGGUGUCAAUCAAAGCAGCAACCGAAACAACUAACAAAUGUCAACAAAAGUCAACACUUUCCCCAUCACACACAAGUCAACAAAAGUCAACACUUUCCGUUAAACACUCAAGCUCGUCUGGCAGCCUGAACGAGACGAUAAAACUCGGGAAGCAGAUUGAGAAAGAGGCUGGAAACUGGUUCAUGGAGUUUUUAGAGAAAGCUUUGGAAAAGGGUAUGAAAAAGUCAAAGUCAAAGUCAAAGUCAAAUGUUACAAAAGUUCCUCAGUUACUUGUGAAAAAGGUUAUGAGUUGGGUGGAAACCGAACAAUGUGAUUCUAGUAAGAGGCCUGUGCAUCCGAAAGCGAUAGAUAUUGCAAGGAAGUUGAGGAUCAAGUUAAGGAAUUAUUGAAUAUUUGUGUAGACUGAUUGUUUCACAUAUACUGUUUGAUACAAUAAAGUGUUUUUUUUUUUUUUUU